AAAGGCAAAAAGACAAAAAAAUAAAAAAUAAUAAUAAUAAAAUUAAAAAAAGAAACUCAUAGAAGCUUUUAUAGAGAGAGAUAUAGAAGAAUACCAAUUCAUAAAACUGGAAUAAUUUUAAGAGUUUUUAGAGGCUGUAAUUUUUGAUACUUCAGGUUUAUGAGCUUUGAGAUAUUUAAAAAUUAUGGAUACAGUGUAAUGCCAAUAUGUUGCCUGAUAUAUAUAUAUACACAUGUAUAUAUACAUUAUACACAUAUAUGAUUGCAAAUAAUUUCCUUCUAUUAAACAAACACUGGUCGAGUGCCUAUUUUAUCUAGAAUUCCAUGUUAUUAUAAAAGACAUAAAACAUGUAUGUGACAUACUACCCACUCAUGAGCCUUUUAAAAUCAAUGACAAUUGAUCAAACCCCAUUUCAUCUGAGUUUACCUUGCGGAUUACACAGAUCUUCUUAGUGAGAAUUUAACUCUUUCUAUCAUCAUUGUCCAAGCCUAUUACAUUAUGCUUCAUAAUAAUAUGCUCUAAUUACCUUGACCAGAAAAUACCCUCCUGAUAGUAGGAAACUUGGAGGUAGCAGGUGUGUUCAUGACAUAGAUUAUGGUGAUGGUUUCAUAGAAAUAUACGUAUCUCCAGAGUCAUCAACUUGUAUAUAUUAACAAAAAGAUUUUUACAUGUCGAUCAUGACUAAGUGUUUUUUUUUAAAAGAAAAAUAUCCUCUUUAGAUGCUGCUUGGCACCUAGACAUUUAGUGGUGUCUAGAGAGGAAUACAGACCACCACCUUCUUAUUACAGUAAUUGUUUGUGGUCAUACCAGAAAAUCUCUCAGAUGAGGAACUUUAUGUCUUACCUACUCUAUGGGCCACCCCUUUAGGCUUAUAUAAUGAGAUUAGUGAAUAAGCAUAGUGUGUCACCAUAGUACUUUUGAGUGACUCAUAGCAUUUUCCGGCUCAACUUAUGCCUGCCUCAAAAUUUACAUUUGCCAAAGCCUGAUAUUCUUCAUGGGGCUUAUAAUAAUUUACAGAAUAUUUCAAUUACUAAUUAAUUCCAUAAGCAUGGAAGAAAGUAUAAAAGUAUGAGUUAAAACUAUAUGUAUCAUUUAUCUUGUAUCAUAUGGAAAUGUGUUAGUUUUUUAGAAAACCUGGUUUGGCCAUGAGUGAUAAAAAUCAUAUCACAGUUCAUAACAUUUUGUACUAAAAAGCCAUGGUGUUAACUAUUAUAAUACUGAUUAAUUUGUAAUGACUAUGUAGGUAAAGAUAUUUCUAUGUAAUGGAUAGCGUGGGCCUUAAAUGUUGAGUCAUUCCUUUUGGUCAUUCAUCUAGGAAACAGGAGUACCUCUUUGAUCCCCAAAGUGAAAUUAAGAAGAAAACAAUAGAUAAGAAGCAAAGUGAGAAAUUUUUAUGUUUUUGUCAAUUAAGACCAAAUAUGUAAAAAGAUGUCUAGGGAGGAAAUGCUAAAUAGUGGGCGUUGGGACAAUGACUUACACAUGGAACCAUUUGGAUCCUGGGCAGUAAGAACCACAGACAAAUGAAAUUUUAAUCUUAAAUUUGUAAUCAAGGUAUAUAGCUCAAGGUUGUAUGUAGAUUAAGAGGACAGAUUGAACCCAGUAAACAAGAAGCUACAUCAGUGAUAGUCAGACUACAGUUAAAUUUCAUGGAAGUAUCACCUUCCAUUAACUAAUCUUAUUCCUCCUUGACAUUUAAUAUGAAUCUAAGAUAAGGAUGCACCUAAGCAAAUGAAUUUUACACAAAGUAAGUACAAAAUUGUAUUUAUUUAAAAUGCGAGAGUCAACAUGAUAAAAGUAGAAAAACUGAAGUGGGACAACUUCAUAGGAAAUGUGAACCUGAGGUUACAGUUGUGACUGUUAAAUUGGAGGUUCUUUCCCACUGAAUGGAUGAUACACCUUGAUUUUUUUUUUGGCUUAUUUGUUUUUUACUCAUGAUGAUAGUGCUGAAUUUAGAUAGAUCUAUAGGAAAAUUUGACUAAGGACCUCAAUGUCUAGGAAUAUACUAUAAAAAUAUAAUAAAAAUACACAAAAUAAAUGUUUAAAAUUUAGUAUCAUUAUAUUACAUACAACCUAGUUAGAGGGUAAUGUAUUAAAUAAAAUAUCUGUAUGCAAUAACACAAUAUGUAAAUGUUUAAAGUAUAUUGCAUAGAAAUAUUCUGGUAUGGAAAAUGGACAUGAUAUGAUUCUACCUGAAAGAAAUAAAUCUGUUUACAUAAUUUAAAUUAUGCCUAUGAAAAUAUAUGCACAGUGAAUAAUGGAAAACUAUGUAUAGAAUUAUUAGCAAUAAUCACCAUUGGCUGCAGUUUUCACAAAUGUAUUAUCUCUUUAGCUUUUCAUUGCAUGCCAUAUUUUUCUAAAAAUUAUGAAAACUUGAUGUCAAAAUCUGAUAUGAGGUAGGUGCCACUUUAUUCACACAAUGAACAUUACUACUGAAACUUUAAUCCAUAAGUCUAAUAUUUCUAAGAGCCUAUAAUUGUCUAAAUAGAGGAAAAAUAAAAAUAUAAACAAGGUAAUUUGGGAUUCUAAAAACACUUUUGCCUGAAAUUACACUAACAUAUAAUAUUGAGGUCAUUUUCUUUAAUAUUCUUGUUUGGUGAUGUGGUUCUCCAAAAGAAGUCAAUAAAGAUAUAUUAGGAUGAGACAAGUGAAACUAAAAACCUAUUAUCCUCUUAACAAUUUAGGAACUAUCCCAAAUUUAUAUUAAAUGAGGAUAUUAGAAAUGUGGCAACAAUCAUGAUAGAAAUAUUAAUUAUUUGACAACCAAUAAAUCCAGAUAUGCUUUGAAAAUAAGAUUGAUUCUUCAGUGAGGAACCAGGAAUUUUUAGUGAAAUACCUGAUUCCAAGCUGAAGUGGGAAAUGUACAAGAUGAAUAUAUGAUAAUUCAUUAAGCUAGAAUGAAGACCAUACUUUAAAUUUAUGGAUUAGUAACUUUAUAAUGGAGCUAACUCAGAUACCACCUUAAUCAAGUAAUCCAUAGUAGCAUCACCAAUAUGAAAUUAAUUAACGUUAUCUGUGUACUAACGAAAGUCUUUCAGAUUAAGGACAUUUUCCCCUACAAAAAAUUUAUAAUCUGAACUAAAACAUGGACAAUCCAAUAGAAAACCCCACCUGAGAGAUAGUAUACAAAAAAAGAAUUCCUACUCUUCAAAAAUAGUAAUGUAAAGGCAAAAAAUACUAAUUAUUUCAUAUUAGAGGAAAAAAUAUUAUAUGGGACGUAGAUUUGAAUCUUAGACUGGGAUGAGCUGAAAAAUGCUGUACCUAGAAUACUGAACCACGUUAAUGUUAAUCUCCUGAUUUUGGUAACUAUACUGAAAAUAAAUUAGUGAAUAUCCUUGUCUUUCAAAAAAAUAAAGAGUUAAGGGAUAAAUUUGCAUUAUGGUUGCACUUAACUCUUAUGUAACCAAUAUGUGUACAGAGAAAAAGAAAUGAUACAAAAAUAUGAAAAAAUUGAUAAAACGUAUAUAUUAGAUUUGUUGAUAAUUCCUGAUGCUUAUUUGAAAAUUAACAAAAUAAAAAACAGGCAAAAAAAUGGAAUAAAAAACCCCAGUGAAGUAGGGACAAGAACACAAGCUUCCUCUGUAAUCACUUUAGAUAAAUAACUUCAAUUUUCAUUGCUCUCCAGCUCUGGUUGUCCAUCACACUCAGUCCUUUACAGACAGCCUGUCAUUAGCAAUGGAGAACAACCAAUCCUGGAUUGCAGAAUUCAUCCUGGUGGGAUUCCAGCUCAGUGAAGAGAUGGAAUUGUUUUUUUUCAUUAUCUUCUUCCUAUUAUAUAUCUUCAACCUGCUGGCAAAUGGCAUGAUCUUAGGGCUCAUUUGCCUCGACCCCAGACUGCACUCCCCCAUGUAUUACUUCCUAACUCACUUGGCUGUCACUGACAUAUCUUAUGCCUCCAGCAAUUUGCCAAAUAUGCUGGAAAACCUAGUGAAACACAAAAAAACGAUCCCUUUUGUCUCAUGCACUCUGCAGAUGCUUUUCUAUUUGGCUUUUGCUUCUGUAGAGUGCCUGAUUUUGGUGGUGAUGUCCUAUGACAGGUAUGUGGCGAUCUGCCAUCCCCUCCAGUACACUGUCAUCAUGAAUUGGAAACUAUGCACAGUCCUGGCCAUCAUUUCCUGGGCAUGUGGGUUUUUCCUGGCUCUAGUCCAAGUAAGUCUCUUCCUAAGGUUGCCCUUCUGUGGGCCGCAGAAAGUGAACCACUUCUUCUGUGAAAUCCGAUCUGUCCUCAAAGUGACCUGUGGUGAAACCUGGAUCAACAAAAUUUUCCUCUUUGCUGAUGGUGUGUUCAUCUUAGUUACACCCAUUUCCCUGAUGUUGGUCUCCUAUGUGCGCAUCCUCUGGGCCAUCCUCAAGAUCCAGUCAAAGGAGGGCCGCAAGAAAGCCUUUUCCACCUGUUCUUCCCACCUCUGCGUGGUUGGGUUCUACUUUGGCAUAGCCAUGAUGGUUUACUUGGUCCCAGAUGAUAGUCACCAACAAGAGGAACAGCAGAAAAUCCUUUUCCUGUUUUAUACCUUCUUCAACCCAUUGCUGAACCCCCUUGUCUACAGUCUAAGGAAUGCUCAAGUGAAGGCUGCCUUCCACAGAAUAUUUCAGAAAAACAGAACAAUGUAAUGGAGGGUAGAAUUGUAGUGGAUUUUUCCCUUAAAAAAAUUUCCCAGCAAAAUACAUGACUGGAAGAUGAGCAUUACUCAAGUGUAACAUCAGCAAGAUGGCAGUGUAGGAAUUCCCAAGCCCCCCUUCCACCACAUAGAUGACUUAAUAGAGAUUAAAUUGCCUUUGUGAGAACAACAGAAACAAGGUAAGAGGUCACAGCAUCCCAGACUAGGACAAAGCCAAGAAGAAAUACAGUGAAGCUUUUAGGCAAAUUUAUGAUGUUUCACCUGCCAUAGCCACAUUUCCUCCCUGACAGUGUGUUAAGAUUAGGAAAAAAAUUCCUAACUCCCACCUUCCCCUCAAGAGGGAAAGAAGAAUGGACCAUGCACACUACUUUCUAGCUUUUCUGGUAGUGGGGGAGCCUGUGGGCUUGUUUUCUGUCAUGCCUGACUCGGAGCACUGAUGGGAAUGGCACUUUGGAGUCUUUGUUGGGGCCACUGAGAAUGUGGCAUGCACCCAACUUUUUACAGUAAUACAGAGAUGUUUUGGAUCUUCACAGUUCUCAUAGAUCUUCCUUGGUGUCCCAUUUUUAUUUUAAAUGAAAUUCCCUGAUGACAUGUGAUGUUGAGUGUCUUUGCAGUUGCUUCCUUGUCAUCUAUCUAUCCUCAUUGGUGAGGUAUCUCUUUACAUCUUUUACUCACUUUUAUUUAAUAAAAUUUAUUUUUAGACCAAUUUUAGAAUUAUGGCAAGAUCAAGUGGAAGGUACAGAGGUACCACAAAUACCCUCUGCUUCCAUACAAGCAUAACCUCCCCGAUUAUCAGCAUCCCCCCACAGAGUGGUACAUUUGGUAAUAUUCAUAAUGCUGCACUGAUACAUCAUUAUCACCCACAGUCCAUAGCUUACACUAGAAUACACUCAUGGUGUUGUAUAUUCUCUGUGUUUGUUGUACAGUUCUGUGCAUCCACAAUCAUACCAUUAUACAGAAUAUUUUCACCACCUCAAAACUCCCCUCUUCCUUCCUCCGUCAUUACUAGUCCCUGGAAAACAGUCUUUUAGUUACCUCCAUAGUUUUGGCUUUUCAGAAUAUCACACUGUUGGAAUCAUAAAAUUUGUAGUAUUUUCACGUUGGCUUCUUUCACUCAGUAGCAUGGAUGUAAGUUUCCUAUUUUUUUUCCUUGAUCAUUUUGUUUUAGUGCAGAAUACUAUUUUAUUUUCUGCAUGUGCCACAGUUUAUUUAUCCAUUUACCAACUGAAGGACAUCGUGAUUGCUUCCAAGUUUAGAUAAUAAUGAAUAAAGCUGCUUUAAGCGAUUCUGUGCAGGUUUUUGUGUGGACAUAAGUUUUCAAAUCCUUUCGGUAAAUACCAAGUAGUAUAAUUAGUAGAUUGUGUAAUAAGGGUGUGUUUGGUUUUUAAAGAAACUGUCUAACCUUCAAAGUGACCAUAUCAUUCUCAAUGAAUGAAGAUGAAUUUUCCUCAACAAUUUAUAAAAGUUCCUAUUGGUCCACACCCUAAUCAAUGUUUGGUGUCAUCACUGUUCUGGAUUUUAGCCAUUCUGCUAGGUGUAUAGUGAUAAUUCAUUGUUGUUUUAAUUUGCAUUUCCCUGAUGACAUAGAUAUGGUGCAUCUCUUCAUAUACUUAUUUGCCAUCUAUCUUUUUGACCAGGUGUCUGUUAAGUUUUUUGAACCAUUUUUAAAUUGGAUUUUU